UGUCCCCCCAAGAUGGCGGCCGCUCGGAACCCGGAAGUGCGGAGAGGCGGCGGCCGGCAGGCGGGAGCCUGAGCCCCUCAGGACUCAGGACAUGGUGCAGGGUGAAGAGCACAGAUAAAGAACCUUCCACCACUCCACAGCCUGUUCCACCUGCCCUGAGGACUUCAUGCAGCAGGACACAGGCUGAUGCCCUCAGCACACCCUGCCAUGGACGGGGGGAAGAGUUACCCUCAGCACCAGCACCAGCAGUCAGGCAAUACACUCUACAGCAUCUCCAGCCUCUGCUCCCAGCUCACUGUGCCAGCCAUGGAGAAUUCCAUGCUGGCUGACGACUCAGGGAGUUGCUUCUACCCUGCCUCUUUCCCAACCGAAAACCAGCAAUAUCCCCCUGCUUUUUAUAUGAACCCCAUCACAAACUAUGCAUCUGUGGGCCCCACUGACUUCUUACCAAAAAAUGGUGAUUUUCCUCAGGAUUAUUCAUACCUCGAUGAACUCCCCAACAACAACUCCCUCUUCUCCUCGCCUGCGGACUCCCUCUCUGACAUUGCAGAUCCCAAGGACUUCUUGUCUGCCGACAGUCUGAACCAAGUGCCAACACUAUGGGAUGUAAACACCCCGCAGCAGAACCAAAUCGAGCUCUUCUCACCCAGCAGAUCCUUCCCUGGCUUAAACACUUUGACUGACCCUGUUCCUGCUGUUCCCAACACCUCGCUCCUCGUAAACUACCAGUCUCAGGCUCCUGCAGAGGAGGAGGAUGAAGGUGAGGAGGAAGAAACAGAAGAGUUGGGGCAAACAGAGACCUAUGCAGAAUAUAUACCUUCAAAAUCCAAGAUUGGGAAGCACCAUCCUGACCUUGUGGUUGAAACAAGCACUCUGUCCAGUGUUCCCCCACCUGACAUCACCUACAGCCUUUCCCUGCCACGCUCUGUUGCUGACAAAGGGUCACUCUCUGCACUACAGCUGGAAGCAAUCAUUUAUGCCUGCCAGCAACAUGAAGUUUUAUUACCCAACGGGCAGCGAGCUGGGUUCCUCAUUGGGGACGGUGCUGGAGUUGGAAAGGGCAGGACAGUUGCAGGCAUCAUCUUUGAAAAUUAUCUGAAAGGCAGGAAAAAAGCUCUGUGGUUCAGCGUUUCCAAUGAUCUUAAAUAUGAUGCUGAGAGAGACCUGAAGGACAUAGAAGCCUCCCACAUUCCUGUGCAUGCUCUGAAUAAGAUUAGAUAUGGUGACACAGCUACCUCAGAAGGAGUCCUCUUUGCUACUUAUUCUGCUCUGAUUGGUGAGAGCCAGGCGGGUGGACAGCACAGGACACGUUUGAAACAGAUUUUGGACUGGUGCAGGGAAAACUUUGAUGGAGUUAUUGUGUUUGAUGAAUGCCACAAAGCCAAAAAUGCUAGUUCUACUAAAAUGGGUAAAGCAGUGCUGGACCUUCAGAACAAGCUGCCUCGAGCAAGGGUUGUUUAUGCCAGUGCCACAGGUGCCUCUGAGCCAAAAAACAUGAUUUACAUGAGCCGCCUGGGGAUCUGGGGGGAGGGCACCCCUUUCAGAGCCUUUGAUGAGUUCCUGCAUGCAAUUGAAAAGAGGGGAGUCGGUGCAAUGGAGAUCGUGGCAAUGGAUAUGAAGGUCAGUGGAAUGUACAUUGCCAGGCAGCUCAGUUUCUCUGGAGUGACCUUCAGGAUCGAGGAAAUCCCUCUGGAUCAGAAGGACAAGACUGUGUACGACAAGGCAGCGAAGCUGUGGGCAGAGGCUUUGAUGGUGUUCCAGAAGGCAGCCGACUGGAUCGGCUUGGAGUCUCGCAAGUCGCUGUGGGGUCAGUUCUGGUCGGCUCACCAGCGCUUCUUCAAGUACCUGUGCAUUGCUGCUAAAGUCCAGAGACUGGUCCAGCUUGCCAAGGAGGAGCUGGAGAAGGAUAAGUGUAUUGUCAUUGGGCUGCAGUCCACCGGCGAGGCUCGCACCAGAGAAGUCCUGGACGAGAACGACGGGCGUCUCAAUUGUUUUGUCUCUGCUGCAGAAGGCGUCUUUCUAUCACUAAUUCAGAAGCACUUUCCUUCAACCAAAAGAAAGAGAGAAAAAGGAACUGGCAUUAAAAGAAAACGGAAGCCCAGGGGCCGCUUUCACAAGGCUCUGAAGGGCUGUGACCCCAUGGGUAUCAUCAAGAUCAGUGAUGACAGCAGCACUGACUCUGACAUGGGGCUGGACAGCGACUUCAACUCCUCCCCGGAGUCCGCGUUUGAGACGGACGACGUCAUCUUCGUCGACACCUACAACGGCUUCGCAGCCGAGGACAGGAGCAAUUUUCCCAUGCUGCCUUCCCAGAAGGAGAUGCAUGGCCUAGAACACGUGGAAAAGAUGAAGCAGGACCUCCUAGCAAAAGUAAAAGCACUGGGCAAAGAGCUACCUCUCAAUACCUUGGAUGAGCUGAUCAAGAGCUUUGGGGGCCCAGAGCACGUGGCUGAGAUGACGGGGAGGAAGGGCCGAGUGGUUUGCAGACCCGAUGGCUCCGUCGUGUUCGAGUCUCGUGCGGAACAAGGGCUCUCCAUAGACCACGUCAACCUGAAGGAGAAGGAGCGUUUCAUGAAAGGGGAAAAGCUUGUAGCAAUAAUCUCUGAGGCCUCCAGCUCGGGUAUCUCUCUCCAAGCUGACAGACGAGUGAAAAACCAGAAGCGUCGUGUCCACAUGACACUGGAGUUGCCCUGGAGUGCAGACAGGGCCAUCCAGCAGUUUGGUCGAACGCACCGAUCGAACCAGGUUUCUGCUCCAGAGUAUGUUUUCCUCAUCUCUGAGCUGGCAGGGGAGAGGAGGUUUGCAUCCAUUGUGGCAAAACGUCUGGAGAGCCUAGGUGCCUUAACUCACGGGGACCGCCGGGCCACCGAGUCCAGAGACCUCAGCAAGUACAACUUUGAGAAUAAGUAUGGGGCAAAAGCAUUAGACAGAGUCCUCUCCACGAUCCUCAACCACACAGAGAACAGAGUUCCUGUACCCAAGAGCUAUGAGAGAAGGGAGGCUGCAUUUUUCCAUGAAAUGAAGGAAGGUCUCAUCUCUGUGGGGAUCUGCUGCAAUCAGAUAAAGAGUGGCACAGUCUCAGUGGAGAAAGACUGUUCCAUCACCAAGUUCCUGAACCGAAUCCUGGGGCUGGAGGUGGACAAGCAGAACAUGCUCUUCCAGUAUUUUUCUGACACCUUUGACUAUCUGAUUGAAAAGGACAAGAAGGAGGGCAAAUAUGACAUGGGCAUCCUAGACUUAGCCCCAGGAGUGGAUGAGAUCUAUGAGGAGAGCAAGGAGGUCUUCCUGACCCCUGGGCACCCACAGGAUGGGCAGGUCGUGUUUUAUAAGAUUAGUGUUGACAGAGGCUUAAAGUGGGAGGAAGCCUAUGAGAAGUCACUCAAACUGACAGGAUCCUUUGAUGGGUUUUACCUCUCCUACAAGAUGCGAGGCUCCAAGCACACCUGCCUGCUGGCAGAGCAGAGCCGUGGCAAGAACUUCAUCCUCUACAAGCCAAAUAUUGGGAAGCAAAGCCAGCCUGAGAGCCUGGACAGCCUGCAGAAGAAGUACCAGAGGGUGCUGCCUGAGGAAGCCAAGGAGCACUGGGAGAGCAGUUACCACUUCUCCUUAAAGAACUGUAACCACGCAGUCCGGAACAGGACCUGCAAGCUGGUGCAGGAGGGGAAGGAGUGCUUCCAGGGCAUGCGCCUGCGACACUACUACAUGCUGUGUGGGGCCCUGCUGAGGGUCUGGAGCAAGAUUGCCAACAUCAUGGCAGACAUCACCAACACCAGCUACCUGCAGAUCGUCCGCCUCAAGACCAAGGAGAAGAAGAAACAAGUUGGGAUAAAGAUCCCCGAGAGCUGUGUCCGGAAGGUGCUGGAGGAGCUGAAGCAGAUGGACGAGAACGUGAAGCGAAAGCACAACCGACUCCUCCAGGCCCAAGAGCAGAGCCCACAGUUCUCCCUCCCACUGCACCUCCUGUCACAGCCCCUGGACCUCAGGCAGGCAGGGCCUGGGGUCCCCCUGCCCAGGUACUCCCAGCACCAGGAUGAGAUCCUGGACUUGACCUACAGCCCUCCCAACAGCAGCAUUCCCGACGUGGUGAUGAACCCGGAGCCCGCUGCCUUGUGCUUCCCCUCGGAGCCCCUGCUCCAGCCACACCAGCAGCACACGUUACCCUUUGGCUUCAGCCACCCUUCUGCCUUCAAGAGCCCAGCCCCUGUCCUGGAGGGGAGUGUUCCUCUGGGCUCCUCACUGCACAACCCCCUGCCUCUGCCUCACCCGGGACCUUUGCAGGCGCUGCAGCAGCAGCAGGAAGAUUGCCUGGAACAGGAUGGCAACAUCAAUUUUAGGGAGAUCUUGGAAGACAUGCUGAGGACGUUAAAUGGGGCUCCCCAGGAGAAUCAGGAACGUCAGAGUGUGAUCCAGUUCAGUGGCCCUUACUGAGACUUCUGACAGCCAGCUGGGCAUGCCCAGCAAGGUUUGGCUGCUCUGGAUCCCCCAUCCUUUGGCACACAGGUGAGAGCUGGGGAGCUCUGGCUUUUCUGCUGGUUUGGACUGACCCUUUUCUGGUUUUGAGGGAAGACAAAAAGCCCCCAAACCUAUAGUUCCUUCAAGCAAAGUUUAUUUAUAUAUAAUAUACAGUCAGGCAUGUAUAGAUUUGUAUAUAACAUGAGCUUGGGGGGGAGUUGAGAGCUGCCAAGUUCAGCUGAUGUGGACUGAUGCUCUCUGCUGUGUUCAAAUCCUUCUUAAAGGUCAGUGCCCAUGUAGGACUGUGGAGAGAUGCCCCCUCCUCAGUGCCCACCCCCCUGCAGACUACUGAGUUUCCAAGCUGGGUUGUGCCUUCCCCACCCCUCCAGCUGCCCCUGGAGUGGGGCAGGGCCAUGUCUGGGCUCCACAAUGGCCCUUUGACCCAUUCCUGAAGGAUGAGAACCCAGCCCUGCCGAGGGCUGGCUGACCAAACCGUGUCUGCAUCCAGACUUGUGCUGCCCCAGCUCUGCUGUGGACCUUGAGGCUGCUCUGGAGGGCUGGGUCAGAAGGCAGGAAUGAAGGGGAAGGGAAUGCAGUCCCAGAGUCAAUAGCCACUGAGCUCAAGUGUCCCUCUGUGCAGGGCUGAGCAGGUCUAGCUGAGAGAAGCAAAACUGCCUGUGCCUGCUCUGUCCUUCCUGGGGAGGGACGGGGACACCUGGAGCUGCCUGAGCUCUGUGGGGGAGGGCAGGAGCUGGCUGCACCCGUGCCCUGUUUGUCAGUAUGGUGGCAGAGCUUGUGAGUUUGUCAGAGCUCAGCCACACUGGGACCACAGGGGCAUUCCCUGGAGCAGAAGGGCCACGUGUCCCAUCAGCCUGUCCUGCACUUUAGCUUCCCCAGGGUCGCUGUGGCUGGCCCUGCUUUGGCCAACUUCUCGCUUUGGCAUGUUGUCCUUUUGCCUGGUUGCCUCACUGGUCCUGUUGUGUAGGGUUUGUCCUUGGCUGGGCCAGGGACACAGGCCUGGGGGGGCUGGAUUGGGGUCCCCAGCCCUGCCCACUGCUGACCUCGGGGAGAGCUGCUCCCAGGCCUCAGAAGGGAGGAGUUCCCUGGUGAGCACCGAGUGUAUCGCUGCUCUUGCUGCAAAUUCAACCUCUGAUACCAAAGAGCAAAGGUCUGCUUUGCAAAGCACUGCCCCAGACAGCCCACUGCCCCUUGGCUGGGAGCAGCUGGGUGAGCUGCACUCUUGCCAGGACCAAGGGAGCCUCCAGCCCCCCUCUGCCACCAUCCCCGUUCCAGCAGCAUCUCACCUCGGCGGGUCCCGGGGACACUCUCUUUUGUUUUCUCCCUUGAAGGAGUAAAGCUGCCUGCUGGCUCCAGGACUGGCAGCUCCUUCCACAGGCCUCCCCUCUGCUCUGCUGCUUCUCCCAGCCUUGAACCAUCAAGGUGUUUCCUACAAGUGGCACCAGGAUGUUUUCAGGGGAAGGACACGAGACCUUCCCUGGCUGGCCUGGCCCUGGGGAAGGGCAGCUGAGAGAGGCCUCUGGGAGGAUCCCCCAUGCCCUGACAGGUCAGUUUUGAGGGGCUGCAGUACAGUACCAAUGGAGUCCUGUCCUCCAGGCAGAGCUGUGGGCCUUCCAUCUCCCCCCAGGGCUCAGGGACUGGUCUAACACCCUGUUGCUCGUGGGAAGUUCUCCAGGAGCAUCCACAGUGUUGGUUUGCCUUCCCUGCUGGUGUGGGCUCCUUUGUGAGGCUGCUCUGGUCUCUGCCCUUCAUUUGAGUGGCUUGUCCUUUCCCCUUCACUCUCCCCAGCUGGUAUCUGCCUCCCACCAGCCCACCCAGGGUCAGCCCUGCCCUCAGGGCUGCAUUUUACCACAUUCAAGGAAACCUCCUUACCUCAGAGUAAACACCAAAGACGAGGAGCCCGUGUUCCCUGGGACCCUGCUGACUGCUUCCUCACAGCCCUUCCCUGGUCCUGAGCAGUGAGGCUCUUCCCCUUUCCCCACAACCCUCCUCUAUUUAAAGUACAUCCCAGUCCACCCCAGUUGUGGCUUUGCCCUUGCCCCGGUUCCUUCGCUCGGCGCUCGCUCGGUUCUCAGCGAGGAGAGAAAAGGACACCAGGGAAACCCAAAUCAGAGAGGCUUAAACUCAGGAAUAGCAAAGAGGCCUCUCCCACGAGGCACCCUCUGCCAGCCACUUCUCCACCAUCACCUGGAGCCUUCCACUGGUGGCUUUUGUUCAUUUUACACAGAUAUGCAAUUGUCCUUCCCUGAUCUCUGGGAAGCCAGAGAGCACCUUCAAGGAAAGCCCUUCCCUGCCCCAAUCCUGUGUUUUUGUCAGGGUUUAAUAAUAUGUUAACAGUACCUUUUAACUAAAUUAUUAUGCAGUUGUCCUACUGAUUGUAUUUUUAAAGGAGUCCCUGGUUUUUCCUCCCUCACACCUUUUUGUUAGCACUUUUUAACCCGCUUGUCGUUUGCCUUUGGUUUUCUAUGUGUAUUUAUAAUUAAUUGAGAUGUAUAUAUAUGUAAAGAGAUUUUUUUUUUAGAAUAUGUGCCUUUGACUAAUAAUUCCUGAAUUUUC